AUGGCUGUUUCGGGCCUCUACCUGUCAUACCUGACCGUUGGGACCCUGCUGCUCUACCGGCGUCUUCGUGGCCACAUCCGCACCAGCAGUGAAUGCGAAGACAUGACUGUCAAUGUCCCCAAUGCUCCGUUAUUCUGGGGGCCGUUCCGUAUUCCUGGGGUUCUGGGUGUUGUCAACAAUGUCUUUGCCGUUUGCUAUAUGAUUAUCGUGAUUUUCUUUAGCUUCUGGCCCACAACAGUGGUGGUAUAUUAUAAGUCUAUGAACUAUAGCGUGGUUGGGACGUUCGGGACGGUCAUUGUCGCCGUUGUAUACUAUGUGGUUCGGGCCCGACAUGUCUACCACGGACCAGUGGUGGAAGGGGUUUAA